AUGGAAGCUAUGUUUUCAUGUGGCAGAGUUGCAUUUGCAAUUAUAACAAUAUUAUGCUGCUUCACUUCCCCUGCAAUUGCAUGCCCCUUCCCUGAAAGAAAUCUUCUCCUGGAUUUCAAGGCAGCCGUUGUAGAUGAGUAUAACACUCUAACUUCCUGGCACGGAUUGAAUUGCUGCACGUGGAUAGGAGUCAGUUGUAAUCUCCGCACAGGCCAUGUUUCUCGACUGGAUCUGAGUGGAUUCAAUUUGGAAGGUAACAUCAGUUCAUCGCUGUUCCAACUUGCACGGUUGGAGCACCUCGAUCUCAGUGACAACCUCUUCAAGGGUAAAUUCAGUCCUCCCCAUUAUCGAAAGUUGAAGAGUCUCACUUUUCUUGACUUGUCAUUUGCUGGUUAUGUAAAUUAUUCCUCUCUGGAUUCUGUAUUCGACAAUCUCACUAGACUUAAUGAGCUGUAUCUUUCUUACAAUCAGUUAACUGUAAACAUUGAUUCAACAUGGAUUCCGCAGUUUAAGCUUUCCGAUUUGGCAUUAGGCUCUUGCAAUUUAGAUAGAAUUCCAUCGUUUCUUGUGACCCAAUACGGCUUGGAAUAUCUAGACCUAUCUGCUGACAGUAUCCAAACAAAUAUUCCAUCUUGGAUAUGGAACUUACCCAGCCUUUAUAGUUUGAACCUUAGCUGUAAUCAAUUAACUGGGUCAUUGCCAUCUAGACAAACCUUACCCAAGUAUUUUGAAAUUCUAGAUUUGCACAAUAAUAGCCUAGAAGGUUCUCUUCAUCUUCCUCUCGCUGGAGCUUAUCUGGUAGAUCUGUCGAUGAAUCAGUUUAAUGGUUCUAUUCCUAGUCCCAUCGGUGCGUAUCUUGAAAAUGCAGUGUUCUUAACCUUGUCCCGGAAUAACCUCAGCGGAGCGAUUCCAGAGUCUAUUUGCACUCCAUAUUUGCAGGUUCUUGACCUUUCAAAAAAUACGCUGAGCAGUGUCAUUCCUCCUCAUUUAACCAGGAUUUGUUCUUCUCUUAGUGUUCUAGAUUUGGCAGAGAAUCAUCUGGAAGGUAAAUUGCCAGCAGAGUGGGGCAACAUUACAAACAUGCAUACAUUGAAGCUCAAUGGUAAUCAUUUGAGAGGAGUUAUUCGCUCAUCCAUUUCAGAAGGCCGAUCUCUGCAAGUAUUGGAUUUGGGAAAUAAUGAUUUGGAAGGCACCCUUCCCCAGUGGAUUGGAAAGCUAUCACAGCUGCAUGUGUUGGUCUUAAGGUCUAAUCAUUUUCAUGGCCGUAUCCCACGCCAGGUAAUUGGCCUUCCGAAUCUUCAAAUUCUGGAUCUUUCUGGCAACCACCUUUCAGGAGCUAUUCCAAGCAACCUUACAAACCUGCUUGCAAUUGUCAAUGCAUCGCAGAAUAAUUCAAACCAUUUGGAAGACGUUAGUUAUACAAAUAAAAUUACAAUUUCCUGGAAAGGCUGGGAUGUUGAAUUUGUGAAAGUUCUCUUUAUUCUUAAAUGUAUUGAUCUUUCAAACAACAACUUAUCAGGGAGCAUUCCUUCUAAAAUGGGAUCUCUUCAAGGCUUGAUAGCCCUUAACCUUUCAAGGAAUCAUCUCAGUGGCCGAAUCCCAAAAACAUUGGGACACAUGGAACAACUAGAGUCUCUGGACCUCUCGCUAAACAGGUUGAAUGGCAACAUUCCCUUAGAACUUGAGUUCCUGAGUUAUUUGGAGUUCUUGAAUCUAUCUUACAACAUGCUUGAUGGAAAAGUACCCCAUGGAGGACAGUUCCUAACUUUUGGGGAGUCGUCCUACUUAGGCAAUCUUAAGCUAAGUGGGAUUCCAUUUACCAAUAUAAGCGUCUGCAACAACUCUUCUGGCUAUCGCAACUGCACAAGUAUUGAGAGAAUUGGUGAAGCAAAGAAUUCAGAUGGUGAAAUGAUAGGAUGGGCAGUGGGACUUGGAUUGAGUUAUGGUAUGGGAUUCUCUAUUGUGAUUGGAGUAUUGACUUUAAAUAAGAGGGUGAGAAAGAGAGCCUUCGAUUUUUAUGAUGUUGUAAUAUUAGCUAUUGAUGGGUGUAUAAGAGGUUAA